GCCUCGCAACACUUCCGGGUUGAAAGACGAGUGCUACACUAUCUCAGGGAUGGAAGGGGGCAAAUUUAAGACCCACACUGCAACUUUGCACAAGAAAAAGAAAUGGUCUUCUGUGUCUGAAAAAAGACUUCAAAAAUGGCCCUCUCAACACUUGGAGAGUGAACAGCCUCAGGUAUCUGUGCGGAAGAAGAGGAGGAGGGAGUCGCAGACACCAGCCCAGGAGAGCUUAGAAAGUGAACAGCCUUGGAAAGCCAAGAAGAAGAAGAAGAGGAGGAGGGAGUCGCAGACACCAGCCCAGGAGAACUUGGAGAGUGAACAGCCUUGGAAAGCCAAGAAGAAGAAGAGGAGGAGGGAGUCCCAGACACCAGCCGAGGAGAGCUUAGAGAGUGAGCAACCUUGGAAAGCCAAGAGGAAGAAGAAGAAGGAGAAGGAGUCCCAGCAGCUUACUUCUUCCCUUCUGAAAAAUUCAGAGACCUUCCAUAAAGCUAAAAAAACCACUGCUGCCCACAAAAAGAAAAAGAAUAGUGUUUGGGAGGUGGAUAUGGAAACUGGGAUCAUUCUUGUGGAUAAAGAAAACAUGGAGAACCUGCUAGAGACUUCUAGAAAGGAUGUGGAUAUUGUUUAUGUUGAUAUGAGCAAGGGACAAAGGUCAGCAAAAGUGAAUGAAACAGAAGAGCUGCCCAUGGCUGAAACCCAGAAACGUGACUGUCGAGAGCUGCACAGUGAUAUCAGGAGCAAAAAGAAUCAAAAGCACCCCCAGAAAAUUGCACCACAGGAUGCUAUCCAGGGAACCCAGCCUGAGAGGAUCUCCCUGCCCCAGUCAGAGUCCUUGUCUCCUGUGGAUAUAGAAGGCAAAAACACAAAAAUAGCAGUGUUUUGUAAGAAGAAGUCUAAAAAAAAAGUGUUCAGGAGCCAAGAAUUGGAGGCCGUCUCUGAGAGUCUUGUUAGCUCAGAGACUAUCCCUGAGAGUCUUGAUAGCUCAGAGACUGUCCCUGAGAGUCUUGAUAGUGCACACCAUGGAGGAGAGGAUGAGACUGAAGAAGAAGGUGAGAGCAUCAAAGAAUCCCACAGGAUCCGGAAAAAGUCCAAGAAGAAGAAGCACAAGUCCGUUACUCUUGCCACCUCUGGUGACAGUGUCUCAGUGCUAGACAGCACGGCUGAGAAUGCCCUCGUGGACUCACCAGAAGGGAGUGGUACUUUGAGGGAAGAGGACAUGGACCACGGGUCAACAGAGGCAGAAGCCCAGGUUCGUUCCACCGAGAAGCACAGGAAGGAGAUACAGAGGUUAGAACCUACCCAUGAAGAAGAAAGCAAUUUGGAAUCAGCUAGCAAUUCUGCAACAAGAUGCGUAUCUGAGGACAGGAGAGAUUCUGAUGAGUCAGAUGUGGAUUUGGGCUCUGCAGUGAGGCAGCUCCAAGAGUUCAUUCCUGACAUACAGGAAAGGGCGGCCACCACAAUCAGACGCAUGUAUCGAGAUGACCUAGGGCGCUUCAAAGAGUUUAAGGCACAAGGGGUAGCUAUUAGAUUUGGCAAAUUUUCUGUUAAAGAAAAUAAACAAAUAGAGAAAAAUGUGCAAGAUUUCCUGUCCUUGACUGGAAUUGAGAGUGCAGACAAGCUGCUGUACACAGACAGAUACCCAGAGGAAAAGUCUCUGAUCACUAACCUCAAACGGAAGCAUGCCUUCAGACUGCACAUUGGGAAGGGCAUCGCUCGGCCCUGGAAGCUUGUGUACUAUCGUGCAAAGAAGAUAUUUGAUGUGAAUAAUUACAAAGGCAGGUACAAUGAGGAAGAUACUAAGAAGCUGAAGGCAUACCAUUCCCUCCAUGGAAAUGACUGGAAAAAGAUUGGGGCCAUGGUAGCCCGAAGCAGCCUCUCAGUUGCCCUCAAGUUCUCUCAGAUUGAUGGUGAUAGAAACCAUGGCACUUGGAGUAAGGCAGAAACUCAGAGGCUGAUCAAGGCUGUGGAGGAUGUGAUUCUAAAGAAGAUGUCUUCCCAAGAAUUAAGAGAACUAGAUUCUAGACUCCAGGAAGACCCUGAAGGUCGCCUGUCGAUUGUCCGGGAAAAACUCUACAAGGGCAUAUCAUGGGUGGAGGUGGAAGCUAGAGUGGAGACCCGGAACUGGAUGCAGUGCAAAAGUAAGUGGACAGAGAUUCUUACCAAAAGGAUGACCCAUGGUGGGUUCGUGUAUCGUGGGGUCAAGGCUCUACAGGCCAAAAUAACUCUUAUUGAAAGGCUGUAUGAAUUAAAUGUGAAUGAUGCUAAUGAAAUAGAUUGGGAAGAUCUUGCUGGUGCCAUAGGGGAUGUCCCUCCACCUUUCGUUCAGGCAAAAUUUUAUAAGCUGAAAGCUGCCUGUGUUCCCUUUUGGCAGAAAAAGACUUUUCCAGAAAUCAUUGACUACUUAUAUGAGAACAGUCUGCCUUUGCUGAAGGAAAAGUUAGCCAAGAAGAUGAAGAAAAAGGACAGCCAGAUCCAGAAGCCCACGGCUCCCAAACAAAACUUCCUCUUCAAAGACAUCUUCCAUUGCGAUGAUGACAGCGAUGAAGGGGGCUUAGAGGAACCCAGGUAAGUGCAGGUCACUGAUUCCCUCCUGUUCCUUAGGUUCUGCAUGCACAUGAGACAAUCAGCUCCUCUUCCAAAUUGCACCUAAGUUGCUCACCUUAAAACAAGAAG